AUAUCAGUGACUGGUGACUUGGAUCCCAAGCUGCUACACCGAGCACCAUUCCUGCCGCUGCUUCUACUAUACCUCUCCCUUACCGAGUCUAUGACCAGCCAGCCCGUCACGUGACACUGUUAAGGCAAGAACCAGCCGUCACCCAGUCACAGGAGCGCCCCCCCCCCCCGUUACGCCCGUCACACAGCCGUCACAGGAGGCCUCGGCGUCACACACAGCCGUCAGGAGACGGCCUCGUCACCUGAAGGCUGCGCUCUCUGCGUCAACGACCAGAGUUGUACUGAUGUGUCGUCGAGGCGGUGGCGUGAGAGGGGUUAUGCUGUGUUUGGGCAGGUCAUGUAACCCUGCCUGUACCUCUGUAACCCUGCCUGUACCUCUGUAACCCUGCCUGUAUCGCUGUAACCCUACACCAUCGCCGCCUGGCACUGUGAUGUCAUCAGUGAUGUAACACCUAAUAAUUGAGGAGCACGAGGCUUGGCGGAGUGGCUCUGCUUACCGCACUCUGCUGAUACGCCUUAUCUCUACCAGUGCGGGCUUUCCCUGCCACUGAUCGGUGUUCACGGCCAGUUAUCUGGCCGUAGUGUGCAAGCUGCCGUCCUAGUGUCCGCCCCCACGCUCUGCUUCCCUCUCCCUCCUCACUCAGACUCGUCGGGGGGAAACAAGUGAAAUAAAAAAAUAAUAAAACUCGAAGAAACUAUUUAGACUCUUCAAAAACUUAUGAGGCUCAAGAAAAUGCUUCGAUAUUAACUUUUAAAUUUAUACUAAUAUAACGUAGUUAUUUUCUUGAUAGAGGCAGUGAAAAAGGAAAAGUAAUUAUAGUAGCCCUCGAAGUGGGUUUCCGUAAUGGAUAACGUGUUGAACACUAGAUGGCUAGAGUCGUAGAGACCUCAGCGCAUCUGUACCAUGACCUGCAUCUGCGAGAACAUCUGGCGGGGCCUCUGUGCCGCCAAGGACGCGAUCUUGGCCACCUGCUCCUCGGGGGACGACAGCCAGCCUCUUUCUCCAUCCAGCAAUAAUUCUAACAUCUCUGUCGUGUCUUCCAAUGUGGUCGUCGAUGGCGACCUGGGCCUCAGCAACCCUGGCUUCGACGACGACUCCUUCACGAGCGCUUUGGACGACUUGCCGGCGAAAUGGCGCCCGAAAUUACGGUUUCACGACCCCGUCACCGACGCGCCGCACUCCAACAAUCCAGCGCUCUUCACCGAGGUCGACCUUGGCGACGGCGCGGCUGCCGACGAGGCGGACACCGCUGGCCUGCGGUUCGCUGGCGGUCAACGGACGGACUCUCAGAGCAGCACGCGGGAGUCCGGCUACGGUCGCUCUCUAGACGACAGCAACGCUUCGUCGUCGCCAGAACCCUCCGUCAGCGUCGCCUACCACGCCCCUCCCAACCCCGGCGUCUUCAAGGUGGUGGUCCAGAGUGAGACGAAGUGCUGGUUCGUGCUGCGCUGCUACGACGAGUUCCUCAUCCUUCAGGAGGUCAUCAGAAGCAAGGUUCACGAUGCCGCGAUCAGCCUGCCGGCCCAGGAGUCAGCUGACAGACAGCACCUCGACCGCUUCAUCCAGGGCGUCAUGGUCGAACCCCGCAUUGUCGCGCUACCUGAAGUUCGAGAGUUCCUGCAGCUGGAGCGGGGCCGGGAGUCGACCAGCAGCAGCAGCAGCAGCAGCGGGGGGUCGAGCAGCACCCACUCCGUCACCCUCGACCCCAACUUCCUGAUGCCUCCCGGCGCCCCAGCCCCCGGCAGGAAACCUAUUGCUAUCAGGACGGGUAGUGACCCGGAGGAGGCAGUUAGCGCCGCCGGGGACAAGGGCGUCUCACAGACCAGCAUCGCCCUCGGCUGCGCGGAGAAGAAGUCACUUACUCCGUCCGACUUCGAGUUCCUGACGGUGGUGGGCAAGGGCAGCUUCGGCCGGGUGAUGCUGGCCAGGUACCUUCAUGACCAGAAGGUCUAUGCUGUCAAGGUGCUGAACAAGCGACUCAUCGUGCGGAGGAACGAGACGGCACACGUGCUGAGUGAACGGUCCGUGCUGAUCAAGAUGCUCAACCACCCGUACCUCGUGCAGCUGCACUUCGCCUUCACCACCACUCACAAGAUCUUCUUUGUCCUCGACUACAUCAAUGGAGGCGAGCUCUUCUUCCACCUGCAGAAGGAGCGAGUGUUCCAGGAGUCUCGGGCCAGGUUCUACGCUGCGGAGAUGUGCUGUGCCCUCUCCUACAUGCACAGCCAGGGGAUCGUUUACCGCGACCUGAAGCCGGAGAACAUCCUGCUGGACGCUGAGGGUCACAUCGUGCUUACAGACUUCGGGCUGUGCAAGGAGGGCCUUCAGUACUGCUCCUCGAAAACCGCCACCUUCUGCGGCACCCCGGAGUACCUGGCGCCAGAAAUUCUCAAGAAACAGCCGUACUCCCGGGCCGUGGACUGGUGGACUCUGGGAGCCGUGCUGUACGAGAUGAUGUACGGCCUACCGCCCUUCUACUCCAGAGACACGCCGGCCAUGUACGACGCCAUCAUCAACAAGCCGCUCAAACUCAGGAAUACCAUCAGCCUCAAGGCCAGAGAUAUACUCCAAGGGCUGCUGCAGAAGGACCCGAAGGACCGGCUGGGAGCCAGCAUCAAUGACGGGGAGGAGGUCAAGAGCCACGAGUUCUUCAAGACUAUAGACUGGGACUUGGUGGCCAGGCGCGGUGUCCGCCCGCCCUUCUCCCCCACCGUGGACGGCGAGGCGGACACCCGGAACGUGGACCCCAUGUUUACGAAGGAGGCGGUGCUGGGGCACUCCCCAGCCUCCCCCAGCGGCCUCUCCGCCUCCGUGCAGGCCGUCGACCACGUCUUCCAGGGCUUCAGCUACGCCCCGCCGCUUGAGUUUGACGCGCAGUGACGAGCCCGGACCUGAGGCAGAGGUUGAAGUGCUCUGUGAUCCUGGGACCGAGUGACAAGAUGCCGCCGCCACUGGGCUCUGGAUCGAGUCCAGCUCUCUGGAUCAAGUCCAGCUCUCUGGAUCAAUUCCAGCUCUUUGGAUCAAGUCCCGCUCUCUGGGUCAAGUCCAGCUCUCUGGGUCAAGCCCAGCUCUCUGGGUCAAGUCCAUGCAGCUCUCUGGAUCAAGUCCAGCUCUCCGGAUCAAGCCCAGCUCUCUGGGUCAAGUCCAUGCAGGUCUCUGGAUCAAGUCCAGUUUCUCGUUGGUGCACGCAACAAAUCGCCAGGCAGCAGUGCACCUGAGGAUGAGUAGGACUUACCAGACCAAGUAUGGUAAGUCGAACACAGUGGUGUGGCGCUGCGCUAACACUGUAAACGAAGCUCUGAACCUCUAACGAAUACGUUUUUCGUAACACUCACACGAGUUGGAGAAACUUUUAGCCCCCUUCCCCCUCCUACACCCUCCUACACACCCCUUCCCCCCUUCCCCCCCACCUCUUACACCCCCCCUCCCCCCUACCGAAAAAAAAGACAUAACGUAUCUUAAGACAUGUCGCGAAAUUAAGACUUUUCGUGGAUUGUAAAGUUUGUACUGACUUGAAAGAGCUUGGUGCUGUCUUACGUCUGGUCAGCUUAACUGAUUAAUACAGCUGUUGUUGUUGUUGUUGUUGUUGUUGUUGUUGUUGUUUUUGUUUUUGUUGUUGUUGAAUACAUAAACCAGUGACGACAAGGGUGUCCAACACGGGUGAGAACACAACAGUGCCUCUGGGUCCACACAGCCCGCCCUCACACAUCAAGUCCAUUCCAUCCAGCGGUCGACCCCCCCACAGACGGAUUCAUCAACUAUAACAAGCUCUUCAUUCACAGUAGGAAUUUUCUCGAAUAUAUAUUAACAUUGCUAUAUAUUAGCAUAUUGUGCAUAUUUAGGCACUGGUUAGGUUAGGUGUUUAGGUUCUGUUGGCGAUUAUUUGUAUUUGUAGUACGUGGGUGAAGCAUUUACAGCGUUGUGGUUCGAACAAAAGUCG